AUGUCAAAGUUUAAAGAUAAACCUACAUCUUCUCAAAUAGGAUGUGGCUGUUUUGGUGGUUCCAUAUAAAAAACGAUGUACAGUAUAUUUUUUCAUUCUAGGAUGAAGUUCUCUCACAUUGAGAUUGAUGAAGAGAUUGUAUCAGCAUCAAUAAUCUUGGAAAUGAUUUAUAGAGGUUAAAAUGCUGAAUUUGCAUUAUCACGCUGUAGAUUAAAUCCAAAUUUAGUGUUAUUGUAAUUUAGAGAUGAUUUAGAGUACUUUAUUCCACAACUAAUCAACCAAAUUUUAAAUAAAUAAUUGGAAUAUGUGCUUAAUUUUAUUCUUAAAGCAGCUGAAGUAGAUUUCUUCUUUGCUCAUACAUUUUUCUUUGCUUGGAGAUCAAUUGUAAAUGAUAAUUCUCCAGAAAUUGAAAAUUAUUUAAGACUCUUUUUAUCAACUUUAGAUAGAGUUUAUAAAAAGACUCUCUUAAUUGCAGCUUAUUAUGAGAACCAUUAAUUUAAUCAAGGCAUAGAAUAACAGAUUUCUAAAGGCAUGCCUAUUGUUCAAUAAGUAAAUACACUACCUGACAGAAUUCAAGCAUAUGGUACAUUAUUUUAUUCAAAUCAUGUGUUUGAUGAUAAAUUGCAUUUAGCUAAUUAUGAAUCAAUUUUCAGAUAAGCUUAAUCAUCAGGAUUUUGUUCUAAUAUCGAUUUCUGGGAUGACUUAAUUUAUAUUUCCUAAAAGUAUCUUAUAAUCUAUAAUAUUUUAGUUUACAUUUGGCAGACCCUAAAAUAAUAUCUCUUAAAGCAGAUAUCCAAAAGAUAAACAGAGGUUUACCUGCUGCAGUUUAUAUACCAUUUUAAGGAGUGAGAAAUUAUGUUGUACUUAAUAUAGUUGUAGAUGAAUGCAAAGUAUUUUCUACAAAAUGUAGAUCACCAUUUUAUUUAUGCUUUGAAAUCUAUAGACCUGAAGAAGAAGCGGAAUUGAUUCCUAAUCCACUUAGAAAUAGUCUUUUGUCUAUUCCAAAAAUAGUAGGAAAAAUGGAUAAUAAGAAUAGUAGUGAAAAUAAUGAAACUUAAGAUUGUACUAGAAAUAGACCUACUUAUCUUUGUAAAAUUGUGGAAGUAGAAGAAGAAGCUGAAGAUGGAAAGGAGGAUUUGACAUAAUUCAGUAAUAUAUUAAAGGAUAAUGAUGUUUCACAUUCAUACUAUGAAGAUUUAAAUAAUUUAGUAUCAAUUUAAACUGGCACAGAAAAAUAAUUAAAUAAAAUGACAAAAAAGGAAUUAACUGAUUUAAUUUUUGGUUAUGAUAAUUAAGAUAAAAUAAGAAGUAACUCACCUUUUCGAAAUUUCAAAACAUGGAAAUUAGUACAUCUUAUUGUUAAAUCUGGUGAUGACUUAAGAUAAGAGUAAUUUGCAAUGCAAUUAAUUUCUACAUUUGAUUAGAUUUUCAAAAUUGAAUAAUUGAAAUUAUAAUUGACAACUUAUGAAGUUAUAUCUUUAGGACCUGGUUAUGGUUUAAUAGAAGUAGUUAAAGAUGCUUUAUCAAUAGAUUCGUUUAAAAAAAAGUUAAGUGAUAUUUUACAAAUUAAAUCUUUGAGUUCAUAUUUUAAGUAUUUAGUUGUAAUAAUUAGAUUAAAUUCUUCAUAAGCGAUGAUAUCCAAUUUCUUAAACAGUUUAGUGGCGUAUAGUCUAGUUUGUUAUUUUUUAUAAAUCAAAGAUAGACAUAAUGGAAAUAUUUUAUUACAUAAAGAUGGCUACAUUGUUCAUAUAGAUUUUGGAUUUUUUUUAUCAAGUGCCCCUAAGGGUAAUUUAGAAAAAGAUGUACCGUUUAAAUUGACAGAUGAAUAUGUUGAGAUAUUGGGUGGAUAUGAUUCUAAUUUAUUUAAGAGGUUUAGAAAAAUGUUCUUUGAAGGUUUUAAGGCAAUUAGAAAGCAUAAAGAAAAAAUUAUAUUGUUAGUAAAAAUGAUGGAGAAUUCCAAUUUGAAGUGUUUUAAAGAAAAAACAUUAAAUAAUUUGGAAAGAAGAUUCCUACAAAAUGAUCUUUCGGAUACUUAAUUAUAUGUUUAAUGCUAAAAGUAUUUAUUUAUAUUUAAUAUGUAAAGAUUAAUAGAUUUGAGUAGAGGAAACUGGAGGGCUAAUUGGUAUGACAAGUAUUAAUACUAUUUUUAAGGGAUCAUGUAUUGA